AUCUUGAGUGAAUUCUUAUGAAAAAGACUAGGGUGUGCACUGUGCAGGGGGAAUUGAAUUCUUAUUGUUGCAAUUCCAACCACCCUCUCCCGGUAACGCUUUCAGUCUCAGAGUCUCCGUAUUCGCUGCCGCACCCGCCAACCUUCCCACGGCCUUGUCUGCACCUUGCCGCUGCACCCGCCAACCUUCCCACGUCCUUGUCUGCACCUUGCCGUCGGGCGCCUCCUCCGACCACCUCGAGGUGCUAAGCUUUUAAUGGUAAAAAACUAUCAUUUUUAAGUUUUAACCUGACGAUGUUUUCAACAAACUCGUGCAGUUAUGAGAUUUGAUCGAUAACUUUCUUCAUCAAUUUAAUACGCAGAAAAGGAUAAAAAAGAAAGAAGAAUGUCAUCGACGCCUACACCAUGCGCGGCAUGCAAGUUUCUUCGUCGGAAGUGCACACCGGAGUGCAUUUUCGCACCGUACUUCCCAGCGAACAACCCAGAGCGCUUCGAAUGCGUCCACCGCGUCUUCGGCGCCAGCAACGUCGGCAAGAUCCUCAACGAGCUACCUCCAUCCCAGCGCGAGGAUGCGGUGAAGUCCCUUGCGUUCCAGGCGAAGGCACGCCUUCGCAACCCGGUCUAUGGCUGCACCUUCCAAGUCUCCAUCCUCCAGCAGCUCCUCCGCCAGAGACGUGCCGUCCUCGAAAACGCCAAGAGAGAACUUAGCGCCUACAUCAACCCGCAAGCCAUUCAAGGUCCAUUCAACCCUCAGGAAAAGCCUCUAUCUUCAUCUCCCGCCCAUUUAGGCCCUUCCUGCUGCUCCAAUAUUGUACAGUAUUCAGCCCAUUUAAACCCAUUCUACGAUCCAAAUGUUGUACACUCUUCAGUCCAUUUGGGCCUAUCGGACGGCCCAGAUGAUGAACCUUUUUUUAAGCCAGCUAUCCAGUAUAAUGGGUCAUUGGGUGGUGGUGGUGCUGUCCCGCAAGCGGACCCAGGGCAACAAGAGUUGUUGGAGGCCCAACAACUUGCUGCUGCUGUGGCAUUCCGAGAACAGCAACUAAGAUACAAUGCUGCUGCUGGGAUUGAACCUGUUGCGGCUGCAGCACCCUACGGCGGUAACGUCAGUGGAAGUGGAGUGUUUGGCCACAUGGGUGCACCUUCAGGCGGUCAAGGAGGUGAGAUGGCACCUUGUAUGGGUUUGGGGACAUUUGAUAGUGGUGAAAGUUAUCAUUCACAAUUGCAACAACCACCACAGCAUGGAGUAGGGGGAAAUUACGUCCUUGCAACUCAACAUCACUACCCUCUUGAGGGCCAGUUGCUGCUCCCAUCAGAGCACCAAGCACUACCUUUAACCCUACAACAACAACAGCAACUAGAACUACAAGUAUUGCAACAACAACUAGAACUACAACUAUUACAACAACAACAACAACUAGAACUACAACUAUUACAACAACAACAGGAGCAGCAGCAACUACAACAACUGUCAGAGAGUGAAGACAGUAAGAGUGUCGGCCCUUCUUGAUGAUCUUGUCUCAUUUUUGCAACUAUAUAUAUGGUUUUUUCUUCGCUUUUUUAUCCGGUGAUCAAAGAAUAUUUCGUUCUAAGUAUGUUUUUUUUUUGUUAUUGUUAGUAUGUAUUUUUGGGUUGAUUAUAGGAUUAUUAUAUUGAUAAUCAUAAUGAUGGUAGUUCUGGGUUUAGAUUAUUAUAAACAGCGAAAAGAGCGUGAAGUUGAGGGAAGCUGCCUACUGGUCAUGGAUUCUGAAUAAUCAGUAAUAAUGCUCUGACAGAUUACUUUCUUGGUUGAUGGCAUAUGGGUUUGUAAAUAGCAGGGUGGAAAUGAUAAGAUGAUAGUUUUCUUUUCUUUUUCCUUUUGGUGAUAGACUUAAAUUGAAGGAUUUUGCCAUUGACUUGCUCCUCUGUUUUUGAGCUUGUCCAUCUAAUGAUGUACUUGACAUGCAUGUGUGCCAUGCAUGCUACAUAAACAAAGAUUUUAUUUUUUUCAUUCA